CAUCCGAACUCUCAACAACAUCAAACAAUUCCAUCAAAUCCGCCAAAAACCCAACUCUUCUACUCUCACUAUCUCUGUCUUUCCCAACGCUUCAAUUGUGGAAACCCUCUCAUUUCCACUUCACCAAUAUGACACGUUCCUCAUUCCUCUCUCCGCUUCUAAUUCUCUUCCCUCUUUUCUUUCAAGGGUUUUGGAGUUAAGGACUCGAGAAAGGUUCAAUUUUUAGCGGUGUGUAGUUGGUGGGGUUGGUGUUGUGCAUGUGAGAAUGGAAGCGCGGAUGAAGAAGUAUCGGCAAGUGAGUCCUGAGAGGGCCAAAGUGUGGACUGAGAAGUCCCCAAAAUACCAUCAGAGUUUGAAGGUACCUGUGAUUUACUAUCUCUGUCGAAAUAGGCAACUAGAGCACCCUCAUUUCAUGGAGGUCCCACUUUCGUCCCCUGAUGGACUAUACUUGAGAGAUGUGAUUGAUAGACUAAACGCAUUGAGAGGUAGAGGCAUGGCUUCCUUGUAUUCAUGGUCUUGCAAGAGAAGCUACAAGAAUGGAUUUGUAUGGCAUGAUCUCUGCGAAGAUGAUUUAAUUCUACCGGCCCAUGGAAACGAAUAUGUUCUCAAAGGUUCUGAGCUCUUUGAUGAAUCCAAUUCAGAUCGUUUCAGUCCCAUUGGCAAUGUUAAAAUACAGAAUGUGAAGCUGUUGCCAGGACCAGCUUCUUGUAGGAGCCAUGACGAAGCCUCUUCCUCUUCUAGCAUGAAUGGGAAAGAGACAAGACACUCCCAAGAUGAUGAGCUUUCCCAAGAACCACAUACUGGUUCCUCUGAUGUUUCUCCGGAGUCUAGAGCUGGAAAGAGCGACCCUCUAAGCUUGGCAUUGACAGAGUAUAAAAUUUAUAAAACGGACGGAUUGGCAGAUGCGUCAACUCAGACUGAAGAAAAUGUUAAGAGACCCAAAACUCAAAAAACUUGUACAAGGGGUGUGUCAACAGAGGAUGGAUCAUUAGAAUCUGAAUGCCAUGAAAUUUGUCAAACUGAAGCUCCACGAGUGAAGGAUAAUCCAGAAAUCUGUAGGGAUACUGUUUCUCCUCCUCCCUCAACUUCAAGUUCCUCAUCUUUUGUCGGGAAGGCUGAAACUUUGGAGUCUCUGAUUAGAGCUGAUGCUAGCAAAGUGAACAGCUUUAGGAUUCUGGAAGAGGAGAGCAUGCGUGUGCCAACCAACACAAGGCUGAAGGCUUCAAAUUUGCUGAUGCAACUGAUCUCAUGUGGCUCAAUAUCAGUGAAAAACCACAGUUUUGGCCUUAUUCCUUCCUAUAAACCUAGGUUUUCCAAUUCGAAAUUUCCUUCUCCAUUGUUCUCAACUUCUUUUAUGUUGGGGGAGUUUGAUUGCUUGGCCGAGAAUCCAAAGCUGAUGAGCCUCAGAUUGGAAGACAAAGAAUAUUUUAGUGGAAGCUUAGUUGAGACUAAACUCAAGGAAGGAGAUGGACAUAAUGUUCUGAAACGCUCUUCUUCCUACAACGAUGAGAGGAACAUGGUAGUCAUCAGUCAUCACAAUACACAAAUGUGCAGGACAUAUAAAGAACAGAAACCACGAGAAGACAAAGAAGAAUCAUCCUCUGGACAUUCAAAAUGCAUUCCACGAGCAAUCAAGGCUUCAUUGACCAAGCAUCCACGAAGUGAGUCCAUGAGAUCCCCUGUUUCUGAUGGACCAAGGAACUCAUCAGAUAGAAUUGAUAGCUCAGGCAUCUCCUCAGUAACAUCUAAUGGUAGCAGCAAAAGAAUCACUGAAUCUUUGUCAGGGAAAAAGCAAUCAAAGAGGAUAGAUUCAUUUAAAGAAGAAGAGGAGGUGAUCAAAAUUGAAGAAAGUUAA